UCGGUCACGGAUGUGGUGAGAUAAGGAGCCACCCGGUGGAAUAUGCAGAAGCGUUAGGGAAUAACCGAACUGGAUAGGCUCUCUAUCGACAAAAAUAUAUUGAAAUAUAGGCUAGGUUUUACACUUAUUCAUAUGCUGAGGUCGUUAUAAUAGCAGUUUUUUUCGUUAUUGUUUUAAUUUUUUUUUACUAUUAAGAACAAAUAAUGUCUCAAACAGUGAGAAGAAACGGGUCUCCGACAUCGAGCUGUUUGUCUAUGCCAAGCAGCGAAACCGGUGGUGGAGUCGCCGCUACAACUGGCGGCUCGGGAGCUUCGGGAAGCAGUUCAGGAAUCAGUGUGUUCAGUCGCCUCCUGCCCAUGAAAGCGACGGUUCCGUUCCAGCUGAAACCGCAGAUACAGCCCCCCCUGCUGACCAGGUCUGUGCAGGGUACCGCUAGUGGAGGCAGCAGCCCCUCGCCCACCAACACCGGGGACGGUAAAUUCCACACUAGUGGAUGCAACGCCAGCGAAGCACCUGAAACGCGCACGUCGACGUCAUUGAGUCGCAGCCCCACUCGAGCUGUUGUCAACUCAUCAUCAACAGCUGUUGUUCUGGUCUCCUCGCCAGCCACCACCCCUCUGUCUUCUCUGUCACCUCUGUCUCCUUCCAUCGGCUAUGCCUCCGGCGCGGUGGGACAGGCCGGGACAGGAACACCCUCCUCCCCAUCCGCUAGAGCCAGCCCCCUCGCCAACACCACCGUGUCUGGUCACUCUGUUGCUGCAUCGGGGUCCAACUCUGUCACAUCCCGAGCCGCUCAAACACAAUCCCCCCUCGCUCCCGUAGUAGCGUCACCUCCACCACAUGUAACUUUCCCAGUGAUCUCACCCGCACCUCACGUCAAUAUUCACACCUACGGAUCUAGUAGUUUCAGUCGGGGUGUCCCCCCUGUUUACACCGCAGACGGCUCCCUCUGCUACUCCCCCACCCAGCAGCUACCCUGGCCGUCAGACUACCCGAUCCUGACGACCGCUCAACAGCGACAGCCUUUCUCGGCUUCUUCUCCGUCUUCGUUCUCUUUGUCAUCUUCUGGUGGUCAGCAGGGCAGAGCGGUGCCGGUGGCCGUGCCACAGCGCUGGUCCCCCGGCCUGGAACAAAACCGAUUGUCUCCUGAGAGAGUCAGCCCCAGCUCGCCAGAUGGAGGUAAAGUUUACAUCGUUUAA